CUGGGCUCCACGACUACACAGGCUCCUGGAGUCGAAUCCAAAUCACUCAUCGUUUGUGAAAGCUGAGCUCACAGCAGAAUAAGCCACCAUGAGGCUGUUGGUGUGUCUCCUGCUGGUCUCGCUGGCCCUUUCCUGCUACCAGGCCAAUGCUCUUGUCUGCCCAGCUCUUGCUUCUGAGAUCACAGGCUUCCUCUUCUUAAGUGACGAUCUGUUAAAGUUACAAGUUGCCAAAUUUAUUCCACCUCCGGAAGCUCUUGCAGCCAAGUUGCAAGUGAAGCACUGCACGGAUCAGAUACCUUUGAGUGAUCGACUUCGCAUUGAAAAAGCCUUGCUGAAAAUAGCGGUAAAAUGUGGUGUGUGACAUGUAAAAACGCUCAACCUGGUUUCCAGUCUUUCAACGAUACCCUGAUCUUCACUUAAAAUUGUAAAGGUUUCAACAUGUUGCUUUAAUAAAUCGCUUGCCCUGCACAU